AUGAGCUCUCCUGCGUCUCCUCCGUCGCCGGCGGCGGCGUCGGCGCUGCGCCAGAUCCCGAUCGUGUGUCCGGGCCACUCGCGCCCCCUGGCGGAGCUGCAGUACAGCGGCGGCAACCUGCUCAUCUCGGCGUGCCACGACAAGCUGCCGAUGCUGCGGCACGGCGACUCGGGCGACUGGAUCGGCACGUUCGAGGGCCACAAGGGCGCGGUCUGGAGCGCCAAGCUGGACGCCGACGCCGAUUUCGCGGCCACGGGCAGCGCCGACUUCAGCGUCAAGAUCUGGGACGCGCUCACGGGCGACGCCGUCACGACGCUCGAGCACAAGCACGUGGUCAAGUCCGUGGCCUUCACGCGCGACGGCGCGCGGCUGCUCACGGCGGGCCACGAGAAGCUGCUGCGCGUGUUCGACGUGCUGGGCGUCAAGGAGCAGCUGCAGAGCUACAAGGCCGAGGGCCGCACGGGCAUCGUGGUGCUGCCGCCGCCGCCGCUCGCCGAGAUGCACACGGCGCAGCAGAUCCGCAAGGUCGUGGUGCUCAGCGACCGCCUGGCGGCCACGGGCGAGGUGGACGGCACGGUCACCGUCUGGGACCUGGACGCGUACACGCAGACGCGCCAGUUCAAGGUGGACGCGGACGUCAUGGACAUGGAGGCGUCCAGGGACGGCCAGGUGCUCACGGUCGCGGCCGGCAAGCUGGUGUAUUUCUACGACGUGAAGAAGGACUUUGCGCUGCUGCACGCCUUCCCGAUGCCCAUUUCGUUCGCCGAGGAGGGCGGCGCGUCGCUGCAUCCGACCGAGAGCAAGUUCGUGGCCGGCGGCUCCGACACGUGGGUGCGCGUCUUCGACUUCGAGACAGGAGAGCUGCUGGAGACGCACAAGGGCCACCACGGACCCGUGAGAUGUCUGCGCUACGCGCCGUCGGGCGACUCGUUCGCCACGGGCUCGGAGGACGGCACGAUCCGCAUCUGGCAGAACGACUCCAAGUCGGCGGCGGCCACGUCCGUCGCCGACACGGCCGCUAGUUCCAGUUAA